AUGGUCGACCAGGAGGAGGUCGCUGCAGUCGUAGAGGAUACCCUGCAGGCGCGGUUAGAUGACGUUCGGGCACGCCACGCAGCUGGCGAGUACGGCGGAGCAACCUUGGAGGUUAUGCUCUUUGGAACCCGCGUGCAGUGGGCGCGCGAGCACCCAACGACCCGUACUGAGGCGGAUGGUCUGCCCGCCACACCCCGACCGGCGCGCAACGAAGGGGGCGUCGACGACCAGGUCGACGGUGGUAACCAAGUCGGCAGCGAAGGCAGCACGAGGCUUCGUGGAGUGAUUCGGGCCGCUGACUUUGGCGUCGGCGGAAUGCAGGCACGAGUUCAGCGCUCGGCGGCAGCGGGAAGUUCGAACGGCAACAUCGAUGGUCGACGCAUUUCUCCUCAGCGGAGUGGAGCCAGGCCGACAUCGGCGACUCAUGCGUCGGCUGGUCGGGACGGAGGCAUCGCGCCGGCGUACGGCUACUUCAAAUUUUCGCCGGACAAGAUCGCUGUGCCGAAGCCGCUCGAAGGACGACAUGACUUGAUCACAUGGAUUGAGUCAAUCGAACCCCAACUGGAGAUCGCUGGAUUGAAGAAGUUCGUUGACGGCAAGGUGGAGAUGCCGGACGAAGACGACUCUGAAAUGUUGGCGGAAUUUCGCGCUGCUCAUCUUCUGACCUUCAUGGUCAUUUCGAGGUGCUGUUCGCCGCUGGUGCAAGUCGCGCUGAAGCAGUGCCGACUUCAAGUGGACGCCGGCUACCAAGCGUGGCAGUACAUCAUGCGCACCUACAGAGCGACCGACGACCUCUACAUCAGCCAACUGGAGAGGACAUUGGCCACCAUUCGCAUGGGCGAGCAGGAAUCGGCGACCGAGUACUGCAAUCGAGCGCGGCGAAUUUUGGCCGACAUGCGGAUGGCUGGUUUCGAGUACUCGGUGGCGUCGUAUGUCACACACGUCAUCAACGGCCUUCCCUCGAGCUACAAUCUGAUGCGCCGGAUGCUGAUCAUGCCCGGCACGCGCGAGACUCUGAAUGAGGACUCCCUUUCGAGCCACAUCAUCCAGGACGAGUUUAUGCAGGAGUCUGAGCGGUCUUCAGAGCUCCUUCCGCAGGCUAACUACGUUGCUCCGACGAAGCAGGGACGUCAGACGGGGCAGCGUGGGAAGUCGGGCGGAGGUGGAGGCGGUGGCGGAAAGUCGUCGAACACCAAGUCUACGGAGAGCGCCGACCGCGGAAAGUCGGCGAAGGACAAUGAUUGCGGAAGCAGUGUUUCGCGUCGAGGAGGACGCCGCUGCUACAUUUGUGGAGACCAGAGGGAGCCGCGGAAAGUCUGA